AUGGCCGACACCGUCCUCUCGCUCCUCUUCGAGGACAUCCAUUCCUCGCUCGCAGCGGCGAUCGAUGCUGUCGUCAGCGAUCACGGCGUCCCCGGCUCAAAGGAGAGCCCCGCGGCGGUCGCGGCGUGGCAGGAGUUCCCACGCUCGUCGCCGAGCUUCCGCAUGCAAACCGAGCGGCUGAGCAGAGUGGCUGGCAGCCUCGACUUUCAGCAGGGCGCGAUCGGUCUGCUCCUGCGCCUCAUGCCGCCCUCCGGCGACCUUGAGGCGGGCGAGGUGCCAUUUGGCUUCCAGAGCCUUCUUUCGAGGCUGAAUUGUGUGGAGUCGUGCCUCGGCGGCGUCCCGACGGGGCGCAAGGCGGCCGCGCUGCAAGCGAGGGGCGAAGGGCGGCUCGCCGAGUUGGUCUUCACCGUGGUCCCCCUCGCAGUGGCUGACAUCCUCGCUUGCAUCCUCGGCGAGAGGCCAGAGGGCAGCACCGACCGUAUCCCGCUCCCUCCCUCCUCGGAGGCAGCCCUGUUGCAGCUGGCGUUUCGCGGCCUAUGCUCCUCGGGCGGCCAGCAGCAGCUGCACCCGUCGCUCCACGAGGCACUCGCUCGCCGCGCAGUGCUCUCGUGGCGGGAGGUGAUCCGCCAUCUCUCCACCUCAUCCUUCGAAACCGCCUGCGCCGAGCUCAACAAGCAGCUCCACGCCGACUCGAGCGCCGACGAGGCGAUGGCUUACCUCGUCGGCUGCCAGCGCAUCUCCCUGCCGAAGGACCCGUGCUCGCCCAUGGUGCAGCCCUUCUUCCAGCUCCUCGCGCGGCUCGCCGCGCAAAGCCGCAGGCCCUUCAACACGGCCGCGUUUCGGCGUUGCCUGCUCUGGAACCUCGAGGGCGCGGUGCAGCAGGUGCGGGGGCAGGUCGAGGGCGACGCGUCGAUGCUACAGACGUGGGUUGCGCUCUACCUCGACUGCCUCGAGCAGGGCAGCGAGCUUGCCGGGCUGGCGCUCCCCGCGGCCGCGCUGCUCGUGUCCCGCGGGCCUGCCGCGAUGUGGUUCUGCCACAUGGACGUCGGCAAGGAGUCCAAGAAGGUGGCGAAGGGCUUGCUCGGGGGCAAGAAGGUUGGCCUGCUGAGGCUGUGCCUCACCGACCUGGCCUACGAGGAGCGGACCUCGCGGCCGGCGCUCUGCGCCGUGCUGCGGCUCCUCGCGGGGGGGGCCCAGCUGCCCGCCUCGGCGGUCGCCCCCGCAACCGACGGCGAGUGGUGGCGGGCGCCCACGCCCGACGAGGAGGCCGGGCAGAUGCCGCUCAUGACUUCGCGCAUGCCUCACGAGAGCGAUGAGUCCACCGCUGCGAUGAACGAGCGGCUCCGCUUUGUGGCCGAGAAGCUCUUUUGGCGCAAGUCGACCGGCAGGCAUGUGCGGCUGCCCAAGCUGCUCGAGAACGGCGACGUCGUCGUGCUCAUCGUCGGGCAGAUCGCGGUGCACUCGCCCACCGUCGCGAUGGACACGGUCGAGCGCCUCCUCGCCGAGGGAAGGGAUGCCGAGUACCAGCUUCUCGGCGUCUGCGCGCUGCGCCGCCUCCUCUCGUACAGCCUCCUCUCGGGGCAGCUCGAGGCGCAGGCGGCGCGCCUCCUCUCCAUCAUCGGCGCCUGCGAGGCGGCGGUCGGCGCAGAGAAGCGCGGGCUAGCGCUGGCGCCGCUCGCCCCCGCGGAGCCCGAGCACCCUGACGCAGUGAAGCGGCUCCUCCGCUCUGCCGGCUCGCGCAAGGACAGGGAGGUGGCCCUUCGACUGGCGACGUACCGGGAGGCGGUGGCCUGCGUACCGCUCGUGCUACCCCCGCAGUGCCUGCAGGACCGCUCCUUCUUCGGACAGCUGCUCAUCCACUCCGACCACGACCUCGCCACCGCCACCUCUGUCGCGCUGCAGCAGCUCAUGGCGGACGCGGCCUGGCGGCGGACAGCGGUGCUCUGCACGGCCAAGCUGCUCGAGCGCGCGGUGGAGGCGCCGGGCGGCUCGCGCGCUCUGCUCUGCAGCAAAGAGCACCAUGGCGUGGCGCUGCAGGGCGUCGAGGCGCAGCUGCUCACGCUCGCCCUCCAUCUCAAGAAGGGGCUUCACCUGUGGGCCGCCUCCAUCGCGUCCGAGCCGUGGCCGCUCGAGUCGCUGCAAGAGGAGGCGGAGGGGACUGCCGUCGCCCGGCUUGCCAAGAGGCUGGCCGAGGCGGACGCGGCUGCCGCGUCCCUGCUUCUGCACCCGUCUGUCGCGCUUCGGGCCGAAGGUCUCGCGCUUCUCGAGGCCAUCGCCGCCCUCCACUCGGCACACGAGGAGGCGUACCGGAGGGCGCUGGCCGGCAGGCUCGCCGCCGUCGAGUCGGCGACGCGCAAGCACCGCGCCGCUGGCGACAAUCGCGAGGCGGAGGCGGACCUGACCGAGGCAGCGCACGGCGUGCUCACCAAGGUGCCGUCGCAGGCGUCCAUCGACCAAAUGCAGAUCCCGCCGCUGCGCAAGCUGCUCAUGCUCCCUCCGGCCUCGCUCGGGAUCGGCUCGCAGUUCAUGUUUGUCGUUGCAGAGAUUGCGAGCAGCCUCCUUCGGCAGGGCUGCACUCUCCGCGCGGCGCGGCUUCGCAGCAUCCUCGCCGCGGCACUCGGCAAGAUGCCUGCCUCCAAGGACCUUGCAGCCUUUGUUGCGGAUGGCAGCGCGGACUUGGGUGCGCUCUUUGCGCUCUGUGGCGCGUGCAAGCCGAUGCAGUCGACAGACAGCGGGCUGCACACCGUCGAUGCGUGCCCGCCGCACGAAGCGGCUGUCGUCGAGGCGUACAACGUGACGAAGCCUCUCGCCGACCGGCUCUGGCCCGUUUUGGCGGACAAGGACCUCGCGGAUGGCUGGACCGGCCUCUCGGUUGCCCUCCUCGCCUCGUGCCUGGACUCCGACGGUGCGUCCAUGGGCGUCGAAUCGCUCUCCGCCUGGUGGACGGGCCUCUCUCGGCGCAGGGAUGACCUUCGGCUGUCGAUGGCGCGCACGCUUCGCUCCAUCACGCAGACCGAGGGGUUCGGCCGCGCUGUGCUAUCCGACGCGGCGCGGUCCGAGCACCAGCGCCUUCUCAAGCUGUGCCUGGGCUUUGUGCGUGAGUCCAAGCGCGUGCUCGAGGACCCGUCCUGCGUAAGCAACUACCCGCUGUGCCUCGAGGUUGUGCAGCUCGUCGCGAGCCUCGCGGCGGCCACGGCUGGCGACGUCCGGUACGAUCCCAAGCGCUGGCUUCGACCACUGAUGGUGCCCGCAUCGCUUCAAAACUCGUGGCCCAUCGUGGAGCGCUGCUCGCUGCUCGAGCUUCUCAUGCGGUGGGUGCGGUGGCGCGAGGACAAGGCGCUGGCGGCGCUGGCCACCGGCGGAGUAAGGCCGCAGACGCAGCGUUCGACGCCCGCGGUGGGCUCGCUCGAGGAGCAGGCUCUCUUCCGGAUCGAGACGGUCUCUGCCCACGCGAUCCUCCUCCUCGUGCAGUCGGGCCCGGUCAUGGAGCGCGACCGUCUCCUUGCGAUCGCAGAGGCGGGGCCGUGGUCGCGGGAUCUCGACCUCCUCGGCUGGUAUGAGAGCACGCACGCAGAGGAGGGGCACAACACGCUCGCGUGCCUCCUCGGGCACCACUUUGAGCAUCUCCUCCCCGCCUUCCUCCAUCGCGCCUACUUUUUCGCCGGCUCGUCGCCCCGCCUCUCCACGAGGUACUUUCACGCCAUCGUCGAUGCGCUUGUCCCGGCCGACGCCGCACUCGACGAUGGGCCGGCGGCGGCGUCGGACCGCGACUUUGAGUCCGAGGUGGAGGCCGCCUCUCCGAGCCUGAUGCUGUUCGGCAUGAUCCACCUCGCCUCGACCGACGCGCGCACGCGCUCGCGGGCGUUCGACCUGAUCUGCCGCCUGACCGACUCCUUUGGCCCGGCCGAGGGGUUCGAGUGCGAUGGCUCUUCGCUCGGAGCGCGUCGGCUCCUCUACGCCGCCGACGAGCCCACGCCGAUGCUGCUCUCAUCGCAUCUCGAGAAGAUGCGGCUCGCCGUCGCGGCCCAGUGCCCGGCGCUCUCGCUGCCUCUCGUGCGUGGGGGCGUAGCCCUCCUCACGCAGACUCAGCCGCUCGCCCUGACCGGAGCGCAACAGCUGCUGGUACUACGCACCCUCUCACCGUGGCUGGCCAACUUGCAGCUCGAGCCGCUGCCGUCCAGCCGGCUCUCGGAGUCAUCCACCUUCCAGUUCCUGCGCGAAAUCGCCAUCGUCGGACUCCAGCCGUGGUCGGCUUCCGGCGAGGCUGGGGAUGCCUAUGGUGCGCUGUGGCACCAGCUGUCGGCACGCCCUGCAGACCGAUCGACCGCCGGACAGCCCGCCGCCCCGUCCAACGCUUAUGUGAUUGCGUCGUUCAUGCUCCAAGUCGCCUCGCGGUCGGACAAGGCGGCGACACUCGUGCGGCGGCUCGCAGUCAUCGCCUUCGACGCUUCGCCGGCCGAGUUGCUGCCGAUGCUGCUCGCGCGCAUUGAGGGCGAGCCUCUCGAGGAGUCACCGCCGCCCACCACGCAACCCUGCGCCCCCGGCCCGGGAGGCCUCAUCGAGUCGGUGGUCGAAGGCGCCUCCGGUGCGGACCAGGCUGAGGACCCCAUCAUGGCUGCCGUCGUUGCGCUUUCGGGCAAGCCCUCGAGGGUGCAGCCGCGAACGCUUCGGUUCGCCUCGGCGGCGGCAGCUACUGAGGCGGAGUCGGCGCCGGCCGUGCCCGGGGGGCUGCCCGAGGAGAACGAGGCGGUCCCUGCGCCAGAGGAGGAGGAGGGAGAGGAGGAGCUCCUCGCGAGCACCGAGCAGCUGAGGGCCGCAGCGCUGCUGAUGCUCAUCGAGCCGCUCCGCCACUCGAUGCAGCGGCCGCUCGCGCAAUCGGCCGUGUGCGGGGAGAUGCCGCGUAUCCUCAACCUUGCGCUCCUGCUCAUGCACUCGCAGUCCGAGUCGGCCUUGAGCGUCGAGGAGAACCGCUCGCUCCGCCAGCUCUUGCGGGCUAUGCUCGAGUCGAUCGUCGAGGCCCACCGCCAGUCGGCGGGCCUCGCUCACUUGCCGGUCGGCGUCACGACCAACCAGCUGCCGAGAGAGGUCUUGGCCCUCACCGAGCGGCUCGGCCUGGCGAGCUUCCGCCUGCGCUGGCCGCGCGUGCCAAAUGAGGUCAACAACGCGACACCGAGCAUCGCAAUGGCGAUGGAGGCGGUCAACUGCUGCCCGAUCAAGGAGGCGCUGUGUGGCAUCCUCGCGUGCGUCGAGGGCCUAGGCAGGACCGAAGUGGCCGCCGAGUGGUUCAGCCUCGCAAUUAACCGCCUGCGCCAGCCCAUGGAGCUCGCCGAUCGGUUCAAGGAGCUGUCUCUCGUGCGGCUCUUGCUGCCGCUGCAGCCGGAGCACGUGCGGGUUACGGGUCUGUUCCACCUCGUCCUCGAGUCUGCGCAGACCGCGUUGCUGGAGCUCGAGGGGGCGGCCGCCGCGCGUCAGCACAAGUCGCUCCCGCUCGCGCUGGCGGAGGAGGCGGGAGCGCUCCUCGGCGACAUUGCCGCAAGGCUCGCCGCCCGUGGGCAGCUCGUCCAGCAGCCUCUGCUCCCGUGGGCACUAGUUGCGCUGACGGCGUCGCCACACCCAUCCAUCCACGCCACCGUCUACCCAGCCCUCUGCUUCUGCCUCGACCACGAGCCGCUGCUCGUCGCGAUGCGGGCAGGGACGCUCCUGCCGCCGCCCCCGCGAGCCGACUCUGGCGGAGGCGACGCGUUUGCCGGAGGCCUGCUCGCCGCCCUCUUGCGAAACGUGUGCGCCGCGGGCUGCUGGGGUGGAGCGGCAGCUAGCGGGCUGCCAGUUGCGCACAAUGGCCCCGCCGUUGCCGAGGCCGCGCGUGGAGCCGCCCUCCAGUCGCUGCGUCUGGCGAGCAGCGUGCAGGCAGCGCUCGUCCUCUCCAGCCCCAAGCGCGAGGUCGCCGAGAUGUUGGCAGGCGUGGCCGCCCCCUUGCUCGAUUGCUGGGUCAUUCAGCUGUGCGAGCUGCACGCGCUGCUGUCUGGCGCGUCGGCCGACACCUUUGCAACUCGCGCCGCCGCGCUCGCCGCCUUUGAGGGCCUCAGCGACGCAGCGGUGGCGGUCGACUCGCUGCGAGGCGACACAGGACCGACGACCACCACGGCCGCCUUGGUGGCGGUGGCGAGCGGCGAUUUCGCCCUCGGCGACGGGGACGCGGCCAUUCGGUCGCUCGCGACGCCGCUCCUCAAGGCCUUCUUGCCCACUGCUGGCCCGCACCUCGCGCGAUUCGCGCGGCGCCUUCUCGCCUCGGGGCCCAAGCACUACGCGGCGCCCGUGCUCCUCCUCUGCACGGUCGCCCUCCGCACCCCGGGGGCGGAUUGCGUCGCCGCGUUCAAGCCGAUCGUCCAGGGCGUGGCCGGCCUCAGCCUGCCGGCCGUGCCCGACCUCCUCCUUGCCGCUGCAAUGGCCGGGACUCGCCCAACCAGACUCGAGGCGGUCAUCACGACCGCCCAGUGCGAGGGCCGCGACACGGCCCUCGCGGCAGGCGCUGCGGACACGGGGGCGGAGACGCGAGGCGCGUCUGGGGCCCUGCACGCGCUCGAGCAGGUGCUGGCGCGAGCGUGA